CGUAUUUUAGUCCAACACACUGGGUAAGACGAGGAGAUAACAGACGGUCUUUAAAAGGUGUUCCAGGCAACCGAUUUGGUAAAACCUGCUACUGAUCACAGGGGAGGAGCUGUCAAAAUGCCUUUAAGACUGGACAUAAAACGAAAGCUGUCUGCCCGCUCAGACAGAGUGAAAUGUGUGGACCUUCACCCAACAGAGCAAUGGAUGCUGGCCAGCUUGUACAAUGGAAAUGUUCACAUAUGGAAUCAUGAGUCUCAGCAACUCAUCAAGUCCUUUGAAGUGUGUGAUCUGCCUGUCAGAGCUGCCAAAUUUGUGGCCCGCAAAAACUGGGUGAUAACUGGAUCAGAUGAUAUGCAAAUUAGGAUUUUCAAUUACAAUACCUUGGAGAGGGUACAUCAGUUCGAGGCUCACUCAGACUACCUGAGAUGUAUUGCUGUUCACCCAACACAACCUUUCAUUUUGACCAGCAGUGAUGAUAUGUUAAUCAAAUUGUGGGAUUGGGACAAGAAAUGGUCGUGUACUCAAGUGUUUGAAGGCCACGCCCAUUACGUUAUGCAGAUCGUCAUCAACCCUAAAGAUAACAAUACAUUUGCUAGUGCCUCCUUGGACAGAACAGUCAAAGUUUGGCAGCUAGGCUCUCCAACACCAAAUUUCACACUAGAGGGACACGAAAAAGGAGUGAACUGUGUGGAUUAUUACACUGGUGGAGAUAAGCCGUACCUGAUCUCUGGAGCUGAUGACCGAUUGGUGAAGAUAUGGGAUUAUCAGAAUAAAACUUGUGUACAGACUCUAGAGGGUCAUGCUCAGAACGUCUCAGCUGUGUCAUUUCACCCAGAGUUGCCCAUCAUUAUGACUGGAUCAGAGGAUGGAACCGUGAGGAUAUGGCAUGCCAACACAUACAGGUUGGAAAGUACUCUGAACUACGGGCUGGAGAGAGUCUGGGCAAUUGCUUGUCAGAAAGGUUCCAACAAUGUGGCCUUGGGCUAUGAUGAGGGCAGCAUUAUUGUAAAGCUUGGUCGUGAGGAACCUGCAAUGUCCAUGGACAUGAGUGGCAAGAUUAUCUGGGCAAAGCACGCUGAAAUCCAACAGGCAAAUAUCAAAGCUAUCGGUGAUCAAGAGGUGAAGGAUGGAGAACGUCUACCUCUGGCCAUCAAAGACAUGGGGAGUUGUGAGAUAUAUCCUCAAACCAUAGCCCACAACCCAAAUGGCAGGUUUGUAGUAGUGUGUGGAGAUGGAGAGUACAUCAUCUACACAGCCAUGGCCCUCAGGAACAAGAGCUUCGGCUCUGCUCAGGAGUUUGUCUGGAGCACCGACGCCUCUGUCUAUGCUAUUAGAGAAAGCAGCAGUGUCGUGAAAAUCUUCAAAAACUUUAAAGAGCAGAAAUCAUUCAAACCAGAUUUUGGAGCUGAAGGCAUCUAUGGAGGCUGUAUGUUGGGUGUGAGGUCUGGAGUGAGUGGCCUGGCCUUCUAUGAAUGGGACACAACAGAUCUUAUCAGACGGAUUGAAAUCACACCCAAAAACAUAUUCUGGAGUGAGAGUGGUGAACUGGUGUGUAUAACAACAGACGAGUCAUUCUUCAUAUUGAAAUACAACGCAGAGGCUGUGGAGCGAGCAAAGGAGACACGAACUGAAGUGACGGAAGAUGGCAUUGAGGAGGCCUUUGAGGCGGUUGGUGAAAUUGAGGAGUCAGUGAAGACCGGGAUCUGGGUGGGAGAUUGCUUCAUCUACACCAACUCUGUUAACAGGCUGAAUUACUAUGUGGGUGGGGAGAUUGUCACCAUAGCUCAUUUAGACAGAGUGAUGUAUUUACUAGGCUAUAUUCCCAAAGAAAAUCGAUUGUAUUUAGGAGAUAAAGAGUUGAAUGUGGUCAGCUUCUCUCUUCUGCUCUCCGUACUCGAAUAUCAGACAGCUGUCAUGAGGCGAGACUUUGAAACAGCAGACAAAGUCCUUCCCACAAUCCCCAGGGAGCAGCGAACAAGAGUUGCUCAUUUCCUUGAAAAACAGGGUUUCAGGUCGCAGGCAUUGGCAGUGACGUGUGAUCCAGAGCACAAGUUUGAGUUGUCCUUACAGUUGGGCGAUCUGAAGACUUGCUAUACCCUGGCCCAGGAAGCUGAGUCUGAACAGAAGUGGAAGUUACUGGCUGAGUUAGCCAUAAGUAAGUGUGAGAUGGGACUGGCUCAGGAGUGUUUACAUCAGGCCCAGGACUUUGGUGGUCUCCUACUACUUGCCAGCUCAGCUGCUAAUGCCGAGAUGGUCCACAAGCUGGGAGUCACAGCCGAGAAGGCAGGACAAAAUAACGUAGCUUUUGCCUCGUAUUUCUCUCUGGGAAGGCUGGAGGAGUGUUUAGAGGUCCUUAUUAACACAGGCAGACUACCAGAGGCUGCUUUCUUUGCUAGGACAUAUCUUCCCAGUCAGGUGACCAGAGUGGUGGAAAUGUGGCGGGAUAGUUUGGCGAAGAUCAACCAGAAAGCUGCCCAGUCCUUGGCAGAUCCUGCAGAAUACGAGAAUUUGUUCCCAGGACUCAAGGAAGCCAUCAAAACAGAACAGUUCCUUAAACCUGAGAGGAAACGUGUGAUACCUGCUAGUGACUACCCCAGUGUAACAGCUAACCAGGAUAGGAAUCCUAUAGAAGAGAUGGAGGAGGCGGAGGCCUCAGGGGCAUUCAUUUACCUUCCUGAGGGUGAAGAUGAUACCCAGGAGCCCCCAUCAUCUACCACACCUGUCCCAGUAACACCUCCAGUACAGCAGCAGCAACAACAGAGUUUGCCUGACCCCAUAAAGCCUCAACCUGUUGCAAAAUCAGAACCACAACCUGCUGCCACGCCGACUCCAGUGCCCUCUGGUGGCAAAACUGUUAGUGAAAUAGAACAAGAACUGGAACUGGAUUUAGAGAACUUGAAUGUUGAUGACAAUAUUGACACAGCUGAUGUUGACUUAGAUGAUGAUCUGUUGGAUGAUUAGCUGCCCUAACGGUGGGAAUGCUGGUGAUGAGAAGUUAAGUGACUCAAGUCUUCAACACACCUGAAAUUUUGUAAAUUGUAUCUUAUUCAGUAGUUCCAGAUUAUGCGCGUGUUGUCAACAUACUGACUUUCAUUGUAAAUAUGUAUCCAUGUUUUCACACAGUGAUCGAAAACAUUAUUCUGUGUACUGUUCAUUGGCGGAGAAUGUGUUUCAUAAAUAGUGCAUUAGAAAGGGGGUUUAAGAUAAAAACCAAAAUGUUUGAAUGAAUUUUAAAUAUAUAUGUACACUUUAACAAAUGUACAGAAGAAUUUAUUAAAGAUUCUCUACGCAAUUUUGCAAAAGACAUUUCAAGAGAAAUAUAUAUUGAAUGUGAUUCCACAGUUGAAUUUGAUUACCUGACUAGUUUUGGCGUGGAAAAUACUUAUGGCUGCGUAUUCUGCUUGAAAAUAGAAAAUAUCGUCAUCGGUUAUUUACAUGUCUGAGACCUGUGAAGCAGCCAUCAGUUAUAUAAAGUUCAUACAUGUAGUUAUAUGACAACUAAUGUUGUAGACCCCAUUGAUAUCUGGUUCAUAUACACCAAAAACAAUAGCAUCAUCGCUGAACGUGUAUUACCAAGAUGCUUUAUGAUUCAUUACACGGGACCAUUCGUCAGAAAGCAGUGCUUGUUUUGUUUCCUCUUCCGACAUAUUUAUUUGUUAUCUGCUAUCGUGGCGAAUAAAUUAUCACCUUGUACAAAUGAUUUUGUUUGUUGAAAUGUGUUUGUCUAAAUACACUUUCUGUAAUGUUGAACAGUAAAACUAAUGUGGGGCGUCAACCAUUCGCGUAAGCUGCAACCGUUGUGCGUAGAUUGACACUUAACAUCUGAACAAUGCAAAACUUUUUUCCCCCUUAAAAAUACUGAGAAACACUCUAGUUCCAAGCUGUUCACAACAUCUAUGAUGGCAAAAUAACUAAUUUAACAUGCCAACCAAUUUGCAGUGAUAUACAUGUAACAGGAGAAAAAUCCUAUUCCGCUUGAUAGAUAAUCCUCCUGAGUAGUAAUCCUUUUAUAUACCCAGUUGUGGUAGUGGGUGAGAGGGUUAAGUUUACACCUCGU